CUCCCCGUAGACAUAAAUAGGCUCAAGCUCGCCUAUAGAUAUGAGUUACUAGAUAUAUCUCCCUGGCCACGCAAUUAAUCGCCGGGCGAGAAGGGUAGAUCCGCCGGUCCUUGUGAGAUCUGCAGAGCCGAGGUAAGCCAGGAGAGAAGAAGAAGAAGAGACGUCCCUUCGCCCAGAGCAGCGCGAGAGGAGAUGCAGGCAAUCAGCGCGCACGCGUCUUCAAUCCACGGCCGUCGAGUGGACUGGCCAUUAUCGAGCUGCAUGGCUGUUAUUCUUAGAAUAACCAAAUUAUUAUCGUGCGCCGGUUGUGCUCCCAAACUGGCUUCCGUCUGACUCGUUGACUUUCUUGCCUGCAGGCUGCAACUCCCCCAACAAGAACAUGCGGUUGACUCAAUCAUCUCUCCUCCCUCAGGCCGUCUCUAUGUGCACUGGGAAGUGCGCUUUUUGGACACGGGCAUGGUCACCAAGCUUGCUGCUGCCACUGCCUUCUCUCCUGCUUCCCACCUCAAUGUCAUAAUCCGCCACUCGACAACGACGACGAGAACACUGCGACACUAUUACCAUUCUCCCGUCCUGCCUGCAUAUGGCGUCGCGACCCCUGCUCCCGAGAAUUAUGAUCGAUUUCCCAUCUUCCAAUCCCCCUUUCGCUUCGAAACGGGGUACGCUCUUCGUGCGAAACGCCCUCCUCGUCCGUUCCCGCCGCCCUUCCUUUCCCCGCCAUCGUCAUCGUUCUCCGAUCCCCUGACCACCCACUCCCAGAGCCAGGAUCGGAGACUGUUUGUGAAGAAGGAAUUGGUCCGUGGGCUGAAUAAUGGCGAUGAUGCCGUGUUAGCGGCGGAGAACUUUAUCGGGGUUAAUGACGGAGUAGGUGCUUGGGCUACUCGGCCGCGGGGCCAUGCUGCUCUCUGGUCGAGAUUACUCAUCCACUUUUGGGCUCUCCAAGUUGAGCGCGAAGUCAACGGCACUUCAGACCCGGAUCCGGUCGAGUUCCUCCAACGAGCCUACGAGGAAACCGUUCGUGCAACCAUGCCUCCCCACAAAUGGCUUGGGACAACAACAUCAGUCACGGCUCUCUUACACUGGACCUCUGAUGACGCGGGAGAUCCCCGACCAUUGCUCUACGUGACCAAUUUAGGAGACUCAAAGGUUCUGGUCAUCCGGCCGAGUGAGAAGAAGCUGCUCUUUCGGACUGAUGAGCAAUGGCACUGGUUUGACUGUCCUUACCAGCUAGGUACCAAUAGCAUUGACACUCCGCACGACAAUGCGGUGUUGUCGAAGAUUGCCUUGGAGGAAGAUGACAUCGUCCUGGCCCUGUCCGACGGUGUCACAGAUAAUCUCUGGGAACAAGAGCUAUUGACCAUCACCCUCGACAGCGUCAGGAAAUGGGAAGAGGCGCGGAGUCGAGACGGUGAUCACAGGACUCAUGAUCAUGGUCAUGGACAUAGUGAUCUGUGGAUUCCUGGCUCGGCCUUGGCUGACGAGAGGAUGGUUUUCGUGGCUAGGGAAUUACUCAAGGCUGCGUGUGCUAUCGCUCAAGACCCCUAUUCUGAGAGCCCUUACAUGGAGAGGGCAAUUGAUGAAGGUCUUUCAUAUCGAGGAGGCAAAAUGGACGAUAUCAGCGUCGUCGUUGCUUCCUGCCAGAGGAGAGAGGCUAAAAGACGACCAGGAUGAUCCUAUUUGCAGCUACAGAAUAUGAACAUAGUUUUGCGGCUGAGUCGUGACCCAUAUGGGACUGGACUUUUAGCCCAGGGAGUAGAUCCAUUUUGCUGUGAGGCUAGUAUCCAUGGUCCGACAGAGCCUGUGAGGGAUAAAGCCAGCAGUUUCUAUAUAUACAGAGAAAAUACUUCCUCCGCCAAGGAUGCCGUCGAGAGAGAAUAUACCACCGACCUGGUAGACAAUGGAAGCCUGAUAAUGCACUAAUAUCAACCAGUCACCAGAAUACUGGUUGGUAUAUUUGUAUACUGUACUUGGCGGGCAGUCAAAUGCAUAGGCAUUUUGGGCAACCAUAUAGGUUUGCACACAAUCAGAUGAAUAGACAUAGGCAAACCAACCAUCAAUCUAGAAUUUAAUCCGAACCCACAUAGUGCAAUCCACA